CUAUGAAUAGAUUCGAAAGGUUGGCGCCUUAAAUUGUCAAUUCGUCUGUAUAGUUGGUAAACAUUUAACAUGUGGACACGUGGAUAAUUUUCAUUGAUACACGAUAAAAUUAGUUUCACGAAUAAUUUCUCCUCUGGGAAAAGAUAGUGUUGCUAAACAAAAGGUCUUUCACACAACUGACUGCAUGUGGAACUAAGAGCAUGAUAACUAUCUAGACUUAAUUUUCAAUUUUAUUUCUACUGGCUGUUUUUAGUGUUUUCGCACGUGCUCAAGACUGUGUUUCUUCUGAGAUAUAGAUAGUACCUCAAUUUUCUCUAACGUAAUACCAGCUGAAGAUUAUUUCUAUGUAAUUCUAAGCAAGAUUUUCGUGAUUUAAUAGAGAAAUCCAAAGUCUUUAAAAUGGAAGAAACAACCAGUGCAGGAGGGAAUUAUAGUGCCAUGACAGAUUCAGAAGUUCCUAUCACCAUUGAUUUCCCCCUGAAGUUUUCGGUUGGUUUCGAACGAACACUGCCAUCGCUAGAUCACUUGUUUAAGGAAUAUCGAGAGGCUACUGAGGAAAAAGCUCGUUUCCAAUUAGAACUCGAUCAUGAAACCCAAUUGGCCGAGGAUUUACAACUGGAAUUGAACUACUAUCAAACAGCUUUGGAUCACAAAGCAAGAACUGAUUCAAUCCCCCAAUUAGGAGCCCAGCAACUUUGCAGCAUUGAAGCAAUUCACAAUGAGCUGACAAGUGCUAUCAAAGCCCUGGAAGAACAAUUGAUUAGCCAAGAUAAAGGAACCCAAGCCGCGAUUGAAGUGAUUAAACAAUCGGCAUGGAAGAUGGCCCAGACGGAUGAGCAAGAGUUUCAAGAGAAAUUGAACGAAAUCCAAGCUCAGUUUAAUGGCGAAAUGGAAAUCGUACGACAAAACCUUAAGAAAAAGGAGAAUAAGUUGAAGGCAGCCAAAGAUAAAGCAGAAGUUGAGCAUUCGAAACGGAAAGAAGAAUUGCGCAAAAGCCUGGCUAACAAAAUGAAAGCUGACAGUCAUCACAUCGAAUGUCGUUCGGCAGAGCUAGAUUUGAGGAAAAGAGCUGCACGUUUGGAAAAGGAAAUCCAGCAGCUGGAACAACAACAAAAAUCCAAGCGCAAACUUCCGCUAUCCUUUACUGCUGGUGAAAGUCCCCGGACGGGCGUGUCUCCGCAAACUCCAAACAAUCAGAAAGGCAACAAUAACAACAAGGGCACGUUGACUCCUCAUCCAUCGCAGAUCAGCUCAGCUGGCAAAGAGCCUCAGUCAGACAAUUUGCCCCGUGGUAUCACCCCGAAACGCAAACUUUUUUCACUCAAACAAACAGAAUACCCGGAUUUCUAGAUAAACAUUUUUCUUCUCUUCCUCUUGGGUUUCGUGUACUUGGCGCUACCAUUU